UUAUUAUCCGUAUAUUGGGUCAUGGAAACGCUUUAGUUCGAUGUGGGUACUCACAAAUGAAUGGAUAGCGAGGCAGAAGACUGCAUUUAUUUUGACCUUUCGGAAACGGAGCCUGCAUCCCCUUUCAGCCCUGUCUGACCCAUCGCCAUGACUCAGCAGGAGCAGGCUGAGUUUGGGCAGAGCCUGGAGGCAGCUCUCUCCUGGAUGCGUGCAGCGCAAGAGAGGCUUCGGCUCAGUGACAACACGCAGGGCCCCAGAGAUGCACUAGAGUCUAGACUCAGAGAAACAGAGGAAAUCCGUGAGUCUGAGCACGAGGGUCGGCUGAAAGUGGACAUUGCACUGGAGGCAGCAGACCCUCUGCUGCAAAAUGGCAAUGAUGACAUCAAGCAGGACACACAUGCUAAGCUGAAGGAGCUCAAAGCAAUGUGGGAGGAGACGUCCACCUACAUCAUCCACUGCCACAGCCGGAUCGAGUGGGUGUGGCUUCACUGGGGCGAGUACCUCAAGGCACAUGAGGAGUUUGGCCUCUGGCUGAGCAGGAUGCACUGCAUGCUGGAGCCCCAGCUGGAGCUGCAGCUGGAUGCUCGUGAAAAGCUGUGGCAGUUGGACCACCACCGGGUGAUACUCAGUGAUGUACAGGGCCAGGCGGUGUUGCUGGAGAGGCUGCUGGAUGAGGCUCUGGCCCUACAUGGCCGCACCGAAGAUCCCAGUGUAGGGCCCAAGGCGCUGCAAGAACUUCAGGGUGCCUACGACGAGAUCCGGAACAAGGCUCAGGAAAGGGUGGCGCAGCUGGAGAAGAUUGCGGAAGACCACCAGACGUACAGUCGCUGCGUCCAGGAGUUUCAAGCUUGGUUAGACUCCAAGACGGAGGAGCUGAAUCACUGCUUGGGGGGAGAAAACAGUGCUUCCAACAAGCUCCAUGCCCUGCAGGAUCUGUAUGAGAGUGUCACAAAUGAGGAGGACACUGUGCUGCACUUGGAAGCCAGGGCAGAAGCCGUGAAAGCCAAAACCUCCCCGGCAGGUGCAGAGGUGGUGACCAAAGAGGCUGAGCACCUGCGUGAACUCUGGGAUUGUCUGAGACAGCAUCUCCUCAGGGAGCACGAGGCCCUCCAUGCCAUCCAGCUCUCGGCCGACGACUGCAAGGCCCGCGUCUUGCGCCUUCGUGCCGACGCCUCUCAGCUGCACAAAUUGCUCCAGGGACUGAGCCGGGACCUGGAAGCCAAAGGAGGGGAGAGGACCGAGGAGGAGAUGGUGGCCAUGUGGAGGAAGUUCGUGAAUGUCCGCAGCUCCCUGGCAGCUGAGGAGCCACUCGUGGAGGAGCUCAAGAGCCAGCUGAAGGAUCUCUUUCGUUGCUCCCAGGAUGCUGGUCCAGUGUCUGAAGAGGUGCUGGCUGUGGUCAAGGAAUACCAGGGGGUUAAAAGUCGUGCAUCAAAGCUCUCGGCGGAGGCUGAAGCAGACCUCAGGCAGGUUCUGCAGGACCCACUGCGAGGCUACAGACAGUGGGCCACGCUGGCCACACAGGUUCUGGAAGCAUCGGCUGAGGCAUCAGAGUUUUCCCACCUUGCCCUGGUGGUGCAGAAGAUGGAGAAGCUGCUUAAGCAAAGCCUUCAGCUCCAGGAGCGACUGAGCCUGCUGCAGGUGAAAGGGGACCUGCUGAGCAGUGUGUUCAGCGCCGAAAAAGCUGCCAGCACACUCGCAGAGCUGGGCACGGCUGUGAAGGAGAGAGAGCACUUACACAGCCAGCUUGUUCAGAAAAAGAGUCACCUGCAGGAUUUGCUGUUGAGAUCUAAGGACUUCGGGGAUAUGUGUGACUCUACCUGCAAACGGUUGUUGCUCAUCAAAGAAAGGCUCAAAGCAGCUGCUGAGCUCCAGCCUGAUAUAUUGGCCAAGAAAAGCCAGUACGAUCAGCUCAUGAUUGUCAAGAAGGACUUGGAGGACUGCGAAGCACACAUCACAGCCCUGGAGACCCUUGUCUCAUCAAGCAUUUCCAACCGACGCAGAUUUGAUCAACUAUACGCAGAAUGGAGAGAUCUAUACAAAGAUGUCAGACUGAAGGUGAGCGAGAGCGAGCAGAACAUCACUGAGCAUGAGAACUUCCAUGAGAGCCUGCUGUCAGUGGAGAAGUGGCUGAUGAUCAUGAGGCAGAAACUGGAGUCAUUCUGCAGUUCGGCUGGCGAGUGGAGCAUAGAGAAUCGGCGCACGGAAGCGGAGAGAGCACUGGGAGAAUUUCCUGAGAGGGAGUUACAGCUACACAGAACUGAGGCCCAGGGUCAAAAGGUGCUGCUGCACACAUCUGAAGAUGGGAAGGUGCAUAUUGUGCGGGACCUGCAACGUUUGCGGGAGUCCUGGAUGUCGCUCCAUGCCCUCAGUCUCAACAUUUACAGGUUGCUCAGUGGCAAUGAGGCAGCUGGGAGCAGAGAUGUCCCUGGAGAAAUGGAGGGUCCAACUGGGACAGGCAGAGUGUUUUCACCAGCAGAGGGAAAGGACCAGAUCACAAUGAGUGCAUCAGAUCCAAUUCCUGGAGAUUAUUCUGGAGGAAAAAGUGAGGGACUUGGGUGCAGGGUGGAAGGCUUUGAAGAAAUAGACUGUAGACCGAAUAUUAUAACUGGGGGGAAGGGAUUGUAUCUGAGGCAGUAUAUAAGGGCAGGAGGGGAGGGAAUACAUUCAGGUCUGGGUCUAGGGCCUGGUGGGGAAAGAUCUUCUGUAGGACAGGAUAUCGUUAAAACUGCACCAGCACUUGGUGUCCAGCAGAGUGGGGACGCUGGUGGGAAUUUUGGAUCUCUCAGUAAGCUCUUUGGUCGGGGUAUGGAGACAGAAGACAGAUCAGGCUCCAAGUUUGACGAUAAAGGUCUAGGCCAGAGUUCUCAAGCUGGUAUGCUGUCUGGGUCUAGUGGACACUAUGAAACUCCUGAGGAACUGGAUGUGGAUGACACAUCCAUCCAUACUGAAGGACUGUGUCAGAGAAGAAUGAAGGAUACAAAACAAAGCAGUGGCUCAGACUUUCCCAGCCAGUGGGAUCAUGGGAUUGAUAUGCUGGAUGCAGAGGGUAGACCCAGCCAUAAUGAUUCUGGAAAAUAUAAGGAAGGGAGUCGUGUUCUGACCAAAUACCAGAUCCAAACUUGGAACAGGGGAGGAAAUACUCAUAGUGUGAGAACCAGGAGUGUGACUGGAACAGGAGAUAAGUCAAUGGGAAACAUAACUACUGUGGCAGGAGCAACGUCCAAGCACGGAUCCAUUCAGCACAGACAGGUAGGUUCAAUGGAGACCCAGUAUCAGGCUGACCCUAAGUUAAAGAGGGAAUUUGAAGUUUGGCUGAAAGCUGAGAACAGUAAACUCUGCAAGAUCUUGGGCCAGAAAGGACAACUGAGCUCCAAGGAGCUGAAGGCCAGGGAUGAGGGCCUUAAGAAUCUGCAGUCGCACGUGGCCUGGGGCCAGAAUCUGUUUCAGAAGCUUCUGGCCUCACAGGGUGUUGGAAAUGAGGAUGAGGAGCAGGACUUGGAAGAGCUGAGGUACCGCUGGAUGCUCUACAAGUCUCAGCUGAAGGAUGCUGUGGACCUGAAUGCCAGGCUGAGGCAAACGGAUGCUGGUGUUGUGAGGGAGGAACCCAUGAAGUUAAGAAAGAAGCGCUCUACAUUCCUGUCACGCGUGUGCUGGGCCGCAUUGCCUCUACAGUUGCUCCUCCUGGCCCUUCUCCUACUCGCAUUUCUCCUUCCACUGACGGAUGAAGGCGCGAGCUGCUCCCUUGCCAACAAUUUUGCCCGCUCCUUCAGUGUGAUGCUGCGCUACAACGGGCCACCGCCCACCUGAGAACGGUGUGGACUACUGAUGAUGCACCCCCACCCACCACCCAUACUCUACAGCAGCGGUUGCCAUCCCCUGCUCUGGUAAACACAAUGGUAUGCAGGCUUUUGUUCCAACCUUCAAGGAGUCAGCAGCAGACAGCAGCUUAGCCAAAGAUUCGCUAUUUCCUCACAUAGUGGUGUGUAUCUCUGCAUUGUGAUCAUUAUACUAAUAUGAAAACCCAAACUAGAUACCAUGAAAUUGAUAUCUAAUGGCAUAAAUGUGGCUCUGAGCAUCUGACUUUGCAGGAUGUGUAAGUCAGUCCUCAAAUUUAAUAUAUGGCAUUACACGGUUAAAUAGAUAAUGACUAUUUAAAAUAAGAAUAUACAAGUUCUUUAAACACUGUAAAAAGCACACAAGUGUUUGUAACAGUAAAUGGGUAACAUUUUUGCUUAAAGACUUGAGGCAAAUGCUGUUUGUUUAAUGAGGCAGAGGUUGGAAUAAAACCCAUAUAUUGUCAAUUUCCAGAACAAGGAUUGCGACCGCUGUUCUACACAGCCUCAACAUAAAGCCAAAUACAUAAUGACAUACUUUUCGGAGGCAUUCACUUGUAGGAAAACUCCCUUUACUAUGAAAGUCAUUGUAGGUUCUGAAAAAAAGUGCAAAGUGAAGCAAUAUAAAAAACAAAAUUGGCAUAUUUGGUGUUUCUACUCAAACACCGAUGUUGGAUUCAACUUAUGAACAGAUCCGUUGUCCCAUGAUUGUCCACAAGCUCCUAUAAAUCCAUUUAAUCCCUAUAAGCCUGAAUAAAUUGCACUUAAAGCUAAUUCAUUUAAAUGGGAAGUCUGAAGAAACUGUUGGUGCCAUUCUUAAGUGAGCUGCCUUGUCAUGUUCGGCAUAAAUAAAACUCAUAGUUGUAAACUGUACAAAUUUUAAUGUUCUUUAACAUGCUACAUACUGGUCAAGUUGUACAUGAAUUUUACAGGCAGUGUAAAUGAAAUAGCUGCUUGAAAUUUUUUUUUAAAAAAUCUACAUUACUCAUGUGACAUGAAGACUUGUUUUAUUAAUUGGCAUUGACUUGUUCAUGAAGUGAUCAGAAAGCUAUGGACAGAAUUAUGAAGUAUAAGGGAUGAACAACAGUCCCAAAAACAAGACUUAUAUAUGCAGUUUAUGGUGUUUACUUCAAACUGAAAUGUUAGCUGUUGACAAGAGUACUGUAUGAGCAAGCACUCAACACAGUCAUGUUUAAAAAAUCAUUAAUCAUGAAAAAUAUUUUAAUGUAAUAUAUGAAGUUUCAGCAGAACAUAAAAGGUGUGGGCCAACUUUUUAAAGUAAAAGUAUGUAAAUAUAAUAUAAAGCACUGAAAAGUGUCUGUUUACUUAAUAUGCAGCAAGCCUGUUAGGUUCAUAGAACCUCUAGCAGUACCUUCAGUUAUGUGUUGGUAGCACUGUGUGCUACAUGCAAGCCAUGUUUAGUUUUGUGCAAGUCUAGAUUACACCGAUCCAUUUGUCAGGAGUUUCCCGAUUCUAGAACUUGGUGGCCUUUUUACCUCCCUACAGUUUGGCUAUAUUAAUGUGAAAGUGAUAUUACCCCCUAAGCAGUAAACAAGGAAAUGUAAGUGGAAAACUCAGUUUCUGCUGUGUGUGCUCAUUUAAAGUCUGCCCUCAUUCUCAUAACUAAAGGACUAAAGUGUCACCUGAAGAAUGGGGCAGGUUGCUUCUGCAGUAUUUGUGGAUUCUUGAAAAUUAAACACUUGCACAGAACAAAUUUGUUGCAGACUCUGUAGUUUCACUAUAUGGAGUCCUGCCUUUUCAAAGUUUCACAAAAUGUAGAUUAAUUUUCCCAUGAAUACGGCUUCGGCCUCACCCUCACGUUCUGCACAAAAGUCCUAACCUUUCUAUGUUUCCAGUGAUAUGCAGGAUGGAGUUUCCCUCAGUCCUUUCCAAGUAUUUCAAGUGAUAUGAAACAGUUUUCCCUCUGUCAGAGUGGAGAAGCCUCUGGAUGCUUGGGAAAGUUAGUCCUAUUGAGGCCUUAAGGCUGCCACUAUUUAUGGUGUUACAAUAACUCUGGCUUGACAAUCUCAGAAUGCAUAUGCAAAUCGAAGUGUGAAAGUAGUUGUCGAGCUGAGUAUAAAUAUCAUCUUAUGGUUGCAUGGGUUUGAAGCAGCUUCUGCAUAUGUAGCCACCAGUACUGCUAUGCCUUUAUAAUAUAUUAAUGAAUGUUAAUUAACUAUUGCCUAAUCUGGUCCUGUAUUGAUACAUUUUACUACUUUCAUGAAGAUAUAUGUGGCACCUGAAGGUACAGCUUUGCGGAUAUAUAAUCUUGGCUUCAUUUAAGGAAUAUUUUGAAGGUAUUCUGUGCAUGGUGCAUGAUAUGCAAUAAAAUUUGCAUGUCAGGCUCUGCUUUUCUGACUUUAAAUGCUUUUUAUGGAUCAGAGUAAUAUUGUGUAUAGAGAUCUUCCUUGAAGGAAUGACAGUAAAUUUCAGUAAUUCAUUCCUGUAGCAAUGCAAAUCAUUAAGAGAAAAACCAUCUCAGGCUUGUUCAGAAACGCAAAGCAUUUGUACAGUAGUUAACCUAUUUUAUUGAUGACUGGAGGAAAAUCCUAUUUUUGAAAAUGUAACAUUGCUUAUUAAGCUGGUAUUUUUCUAUGAUACAUAGCCAAUAAAU